AAGGGUUACAGGUUAUGGGAUAGGAACCAGGUAGGCUUUAAAGUGGUCCUUAGCAGAAAUGUGGUGUUUAAUGAAACUGAUUUUCCUUGCUUGACCAAGUCUGUUUCUGAUCCUGAGUCUAGGUCUGAUAGUACUCCUAGUGAGGUGGAGUCUGUCCCUGUUGCUGCUGGUCCUUUAUCUGUUGAUCCUGUUAUUUCUGAUGAUAUUGUUAUGCAUGAUUCUGAUUCCUCUGAGCAUGAUAGUCCCACCACCUCGAGUGAGGUGGAGCAUUUGCAUGAUACUGAGCAUGAUUUGCAUGAUAUGGGUGCUGAAUCUGAUUUUCAUGAUAACAAUAAUUUGCAUGAGUUGCAUGUGGAGCCUAGUAGUGAUAAUUUGCAUGAUUAUCAACUUGCUAGAGAUAGGAGUAGAAGGGCUAUCAGGAGAACUGCUGAUAGUAUGCCUGAUUAUGCUUUCAUUGUGCAUGAUACUUC